AGAAGCAUAAUGGCGGCGCCCAGGUUUCUCCGAGGAGCAGCGGCAGUCCUCCCCAGACUUUGCAGCUUGGGUGCUUGGACCAAGACCCCUCCCACACUUCAGAGGCUUUAUACAACUCUUCAAGCAACAAGUCCAGAAGAAGCUCCCACUGUCGAUUAUGACAGGCUCCUAGGGGAGCCCCUGAAAAACCCUGAUUUCUUCAACCUGCAAGAGCUCUUCUCCUUAAGGGACCUCUUUGAUGCCAGAGUCCACCUGGGCCACAAGAAGGGUUGCCGUCACAGAUUCAUGGAGCCAUACAUUUUUGGGUGCCGCCUCGAUCAGGACAUCAUCAACCUGGAGCAGACAAUGGCACACCUCCAACUGGCUCUCAACUUCAUAGCUCACGUCGCCUACCGCAAAGGCAUAAUCCUCUUCAUCAGCCGGAACCGUCAGUUUUCCCACCUGAUAGAGGCCACCGCCAAGGAAUGCGGUGAAUAUGCUCACACUCGCUACUGGCAGGGUGGCCUGUUGACCAAUGCCGAUAUCCAGUACGGGCUGGGCGUCCGCCUGCCUGACCUCAUCAUCCUCACCAACACCCUCACCAACGUCUUCGAGCCCCACAUGGCCAUCCGGGACGCAGCUAAGAUGAACAUCCCCACGGUGGGCGUGGUAGACACAAACUGCAACCCAACCCUCAUCACCUACCCCAUUCCGGGUAAUGACGACACCCCCUCAGCUGUCGAGCUCUACCUCCGGCUCUUCAAGAUGACCAUCACGAGAGCGAAGGACAAGCGGAGGCAGAUGGAGGUCUUGUGCAGAGGGCAGGACAAGCCUUGCUAAGGAAGCCGGAGCGGCUUGGUGGGAAACCAUUCCCCCCCCCCCCACUCC